AAAAUAGAAAAACUAUAGAAAGAAAUUGUAUAGUAAUAUUAAUAAGUAGCGUGCGUAACAGCUACUAGAAAGUUCUGAAAAAAGAAAAACCCUUGCCCGCCAAACAAAACUUACAUUGAGCUUUCGAUUCUUGUCUUCGUCUCUUUCUCUGUGUUUCAAUCAAAGCUUCGCAAAGAUGAGUACCAUGAAAUUUUGCCGCGAGUGCAACAAUAUUCUGUAUCCUAAAGAAGAUAGAGAUCAAAAGAUCCUCCUCUACGCCUGUCGCAACUGUGAUCAUCAGGAGAUAGCAGAGAGUAACUGUGUGUAUAGAAAUGAGGUACAUCACUCAGCAGCAGAGAGAACACAGGUAUUACAGGAUGUGGCCGCUGAUCCAACACUUCCUCGCACUAAAGCUGUUGAGUGCCAAGUUUGCAAGCAUCCUGAAGCUGUCUUCUUCCAGGCAACUGCAAGGGGAGAGGAGGGUAUGACACUGUUCUUUGUCUGCUGCAACCCAAUUUGUGGGCAUCGUUGGAGAGAUUGAGGCUCUGUGUGCAUAUUAAUCAAAAAUUCCAAGGAUGUAUUCAUGUCGGUGGAGAAUCCAGAUUAACAUUUCAUUUUCCUUAAUAACUCUGCACUUUUAUAUUACAUCAUUUCCAUAUUUUCCCUGUUGACUCCUGUAUAUUGUGGUAUUUUGACCGCGUACAAAGUGCCUGGUAAUUCCAUGAUUACUUAUUGAUGA